UUGCAGUCACGAAAGGUUAGCGACCGAUUACUGGAAUUGCAAUCUCAUUGGAAGCCUAUUUAUGAAUCGCAAAAGCUCGAUGAAAAAAGAAAGGAUGGCCCAUCUAAAUACAUAUUGUCAAUGUUUCCGUAUCCAUCGGGUUCCUUGCAUAUGGGUCAUAUGCGAGUUUAUACGAUUUCUGACGUUACUGCAAGAUAUUUUCGGUUAAACGGGUACGAUGUAAUCCACCCAAUCGGUUGGGAUGCGUUCGGAUUACCAGCAGAGAAUGCAGCUAGAGAGCGAGGUGUCGAUCCACGGCAAUGGACAUUAUAUAACAUCGAAUCAAUGAGAAGUCAGUUGCUGAAGACUGGGAUCCUUUUCGAUUGGGAUCGGGAAAUUUCAACGUGCGAUCCAUCAUAUUAUCGCUGGACUCAAUGGAUUUUCCUACGAUUGCAUGAACACGGAUUACUGCGUCGAAAUCUGGCCGAGGUUAACUGGGAUCCUGUUGACAACACAGUGUUAGCUGCCGAACAGAUUGAUUCAGAAGGAAGGAGUUGGCGAAGUGGUGCUAUAGCUGAAAAGCGCAAGCUACGGCAGUGGAUGGUGGAGACUCCUCGAUAUGCAAAACGCCUUAGCGAUGGGUUGCAGAAAUUAUCAAACUGGCACGAAGUGGCUGACAUCCAGUCAAAUUGGAUUGGGAAAUGCGAUGUUUACCGAUUUCUGUUCCCGCUUAGGGACGAUAAACAUCAGCCAAUGGAAGAGCUUCUCGAUCUACGCGUGGAAGAUCCAGUCAAUGUUGCUCGAGCCACGUUCAUAGUUAUUCGUCAUGGUCAUCCACUAAGCGAUCAUGAGCGGUCCUCUGUUGAUUCUCCUUAUUGUCUUGGCGUUAGUGUUCUGAAUGGAAUCUCUGGGGUAUGGAUGCCAGUCAUAGUUGUCCCCGAAAACUAUGAUGGUCCACCGAUGCACUUGAAUGCCAGAUGUGGAGAUCUAACGGCGGAUAGACCAUUGUUGGAACAGUUCAAGAUCGCUCGAGAUCAACGAGCUCUCAUGCCAAUGAAUCUCAACGACGUCCAGGAAAUUGCCAAGUUCGGUAAUUUCGGAGGAUACAUGACAUCGAGAACGCUUCAAGACUGGGUUGUGAGCAGACAACGCGCCUGGGGUACUCCGAUUCCAGUGAUUCUGAGUCCUGAUGGAAAAACAGCAGUGCCGUUGGCUGAUAAUCAGCUGCCGCUUCUCCAGGGUCAGGAAGCAGGCAGGAAAGUGGCGUGUGAUAGGUUAGAAGGAGGUGAAGGUUACUACGAAACGGAUACGUACUAUCUACGCUAUCUUGAUCCGAAGAAUCAAAACGCUCUUCUGUCUCGUGAAGCGGCCACAAAGAUGCCGGUGGACAUCUACGUGGGGGGCAUCGAGCACGCUGCGGUUCACAUGUUCUUCGCUCGAUUUAUCUCGUACUUUCUUACGGACAUUGGAGUCACUCAGGUUCACGAGCCUUUUCGAGACCUUAUACCUCAGGGCAUUGUUCGUGGGAAGACGUUUAUCGAUACAGAAGGACGAUAUGUUCCCAGAAGUGAUGUCGUUACGGAAGGCAAUGACUAUGUGAGUAAGGAUGGAUCCAAGUUGAGUAUGUCCUUCGAGAAGAUGAGCAAAUCCAAGGGAAAUGGAGUUGAUCCACUGGAUGUGCUGGAGAAAGUUGGAGUUGAUAUGGCCCGGCUACAACUUCUUGACACAGCAGCACCUCGUCAAGCGAUUAAUUGGGAGGAAUCAGAUCUCAAGGGGCUCAAGAAGUGGAUCGAUCGGGUCGCUUGGGUUGUGUCUGCGUACAUUGAAGUGAGGAAGCGUACGGUAGAAAAGUCACUCGAAGUUUCCACCACCACUUCAACGAUGGAAGAACACCUGCGGGAGUGUUACAACUACUUUGUUCGAAAUGCUUCGGUGUGCCUUGAAGUUUUCAAUCUACACAAUACAGCCUUGGCGCGGCUACAAGGAUUAACUAAUGCCCUCCGUAAAAUCGAUCCUUCAGUCCUUGGAAGCAGUCCUGAGGCAGAAAGAUGCAUUUUUGCUUUAGUGACUAUGAUGCAGGUUUAUACGCCAUACUUAGCUGCUGAGUUAUGGGCAGCCCUACAGUCGGUGCCACCAAUCCGAGCCGAAAUAACGACCUCCAGUCGUCUCGAUGACGUUCCGUGGCCGCAAGUGGAUCCUGAUUGUGACAUCGACUUGAUUCUUAUAGUACGUUACUUGCUAUGCCCCUUAUGCAAAGAAAAGAAGGAAAUAUCAUGGUUGUCGAAAGAAGAAAGAAGGAAAGUCAUGCGCAUGGUGAACGACAUUGUUUGUGGCCGAAUUGAGGCUCCCCGAAAGGAAAUAGAGCACUUAUCGAUGGAGGAGUUAAUAGCCCGAGCUAAAUCUGUUGAACAUCAUGAUAUGUUCGAGAGUCUUGAAAAGAAUGGAUUCACUUUCAAAUCCAUUACGAGAACGGCACGAGAAGGUGAGUUGGAGAAAUAG